AUGAAUUCCAAAAUGAAACAGAAACCGAACACGGAAACAUCAUCAGGAUCUUUGCAGAAGUACCUCACAGACACCGCAGGCAGUGCUGCCCCAAGACGGACUCUUAAAAUGAUUCAGCCUUCAGCAACGGGUUGCCUAGUUGGCAGACGUAAUGAGAAGAAAUCUUCAGUCAAAAGGAAACUCUGGAAUAACAAGUUUGCCUCAAAGGCUUGUAAAGCUGAGGUGUCUGUGGACAAGGAGCAAGAAAAUGAUGCCAUUCAAGCUGCAGAUCUCAUGAUAAAAGGAAACCCUUCACCUCAAUAUUGGAAAGCACUGGCUGAAGAAAGGAGGAAAGCUCUGUAUGAAGUGCUUCAGGAAAAUGAAAAGUUGCACAAAGAAAUAGAACAGAAAGAUGAUGAAAUUGCCCGCCUAAAAGAAGAGAAUGAAGAGCUGAUGUCCCUUGCUGAACACGUGCAUUACAUGACCAGCAUGAUUGAGAGGCUAACUGGGCAAGCACCUGACAAUCUUGAGAUGAGUCUGGCUCUAGAGGAAUCCAAGCAAGAAAAUAAAGAGUUUAACUGUGGAAACGAUACAGACAGCACUGCUGAAGAUGGGCCAUUGCAAGUAUUGUGUGAUUUAAAGGAGAGUAAAUCAGAUCUUGCUUCAAAGGAAGCAAGUAAUGUGCAGCUGGAAUGA